UCUGCUUGAAUUCGCUCUGCCUCUCCGUGUUACUCGGAUAGCAGUAGCAGAACAGCUAUUCAUUCACAUUAGUUCUGCUUCCCGCGCCCGCUCUUUCCAAGCAGACCAUCCUUCCCGGCAAUUGUGCCCCGUAGACUGUGUUGCAAUGAGUGUCAUGCAGUGAGAGCGCGGUGUUAUAGCCAGGGGGCAUUGAUUGUGUCUGUUGCGUUGGCUCCGGCUCGCGCUUUCUGGUCGUUGCGGUCAGUGCUGGUGCUAGAUUGCCGGACAAACAGCCAUAGAAAGUUAGAUUUCCAAACAAGAUGUGCCUGGCCAUAGUCGCCAAGGCAACUCUGUGGCACAACUAGAGAAGAACAUUCGUGUGCUGAGUGUAUGGAAGGACUCAAGUGGAGAUAGAUUCAUUUACCCUAGAUAUUAGUCUAAUAUGAAAAGAGCCGUGCAAAGCUGUAAGGACUGGUGAAAGAAAUACGAUUGUGAACUAUUAAUUAACCGCCGCGAAUGCGUCGAAUCGAAGAAAGCACAAAGGAAUUUAUUAUUUAAUUAAUUUAUUUAGGAAUCUCGUUCUUUUCCGCCGCUGCUCCGAGUAUCAUCAUCACCAUGAUCACCAUAUUUCCCAUCAUCGAUUUCUGCUGAUGCUGUCAGCUUAAAGGUAGACGACAGCUGGCAGCGGAAAAGAAGAUUUCAAGUGGUGGUCAAAUUAAACAUAGACUACGUUAGACAUUUAUAUAAUGCGAAACUUACGAAAAUUAUAGUAUUACGAAUAUAUUCUACAGUGAGCACUGAAGUAUACGCCAGCUGAGACGCUGUACUGUACUCACCGAGAAACACAACUAAUGCCAGUAGCCAAGGAAGAAACAUUACAGUUAUUCUAUCAAUCUAAUACUUCGAGUCAUCUCAUACGAGUCGCCUCCCUGAGCGGCUGAAGUGCGCCGCCGUCGAAAGAAACCAAACACAUCAUCUGGACAGGGCAUGUCGGAAAACUAUGUCGGGGUCAACUGGGACCUUAAAAGCGAUGUCGGGGACCGAGAACUUGGCCGUGAGUUACAGAAACGGUUGACUUUUGAAGAGAGCGAUCGGGUCGAGGUUGAUCAGCCCCGCGAACGAGGUAGCGACUCGGCUGGUCAUAGUCGGUGUACACAAAGGUGGACAGCGAAGAAAACCUUAGCUGUUGGUGAAGCUGGAGCAGGACAAAGUUCAUCGAUUGGCAAAGCUAGAAAGUCGAAAUCGCCCUCUGGUGGAAGCGGUCAUCUCCCCUACAAACCUGGACAGCAGCAACCAUUACGAGUGGCUCCGCACGACCCCUCUCUAUCGUUGUCAGACCCGGGGAACCUUCAUCCGAAACGACAUGCCUCCACACGAGAGCAUGGACCCAGCAAUCAUCGGAGUCGAAAUCAUCGAGACCCUUCUGGACGAGGCGGAGAUCUUGCAAAAGGAAGCAACUCUUCCUCGCAAAAUCGACACCAUAAGUUCCACAGCGGAUCUAUAACCGUUCGCCGAAAAAGUGACUCAAAUGCUACGAACAGCACCAAUACGAGUGGCCGAGGCAUGAUGUUUCUUUCGUCAGCGUCGUCGAGCGGCAACACCAGCGUGUGGGGUCCCACUCUUCCGGCUUCGCUCAGGAAUCAACAUCUGGCUCACAAAUGUUCCUACACAGAUGGUGCCAGUGUAAGUGCUGGAAGCAGCAGCCGCUCCUCGACUGACCUUCUAGCUUCCCCGGGACCCCCUCGGGCCGGGGCACACGGCCACGUAUAUUCUUACUCGGUUCCGUCGACCCCAAACGCACGAAUCCGUCGCCAUGGGACCACGGGCGGUAGUUCUGCGCUUUGUGCCUUUGAAGCGUUCCUUCCCUUGUGCGAGAUACAGGCGGGUUUGAAAAAAGGAGAAUUCUUUGAGGGAACCCUGCGCGUGAACCCACAUUGUUCGGAUGACUCAUACAUCAGUGCACCGGUAAUCACUGGUAACAGCAAAUUCAUCUAAGCAAACGAACGCGAAAAUGAGCUGAAAAUCGGCAAGGUGUUACAUUAUCUCAACUGUCGCGUUCAACUUGCACGCUUAGCGCCAGCAGCGGCAAUCACUGAAGCGGGGCUUUCGUUUGGGAUUGGCGGUCUAUACGACGCACUCUACUUAACCUGGAAGCUCUAUCUUUCUUUGUCCUUGGUGAACUUUUGCAUCGUGGAUUGCCAGAUCGACAAACUACUUUACACUGUUUGGGUGUCCGCUUGCAAUGGGACAUCGCCCACGGAGGCUAAUCCAGACGAGGACAAAUUCUUGGCACCACGUCGCUAAGUAAUCCCCACGUCGUAUUGUGGCCUGAGGUACAUCUCGUGCGAGUGCAGCUGCGCCUGUGAGAUAUAUAUAUUUGUAAUCAAUCGUCCCAGUCAUUAGUUCUGACUGCUCUUGCCUUCAUGAGGAAAGUCAAAAGAUAUUCUUCUUUCAUACACACUCCCUGAUAAAAUAUACAAAUAUCAUUUCUGCCUCGAUUAUUCUACCAAGUACAUUUAGCUGCUAGUUUUUCUGCCAAUAACAUUGUACCUAUUUCCAAUUUUUCUCUAUCUUUUUGCGCUUAUAUCAGGUCGUCUUUUCCGAAUGUAAAUUCUGUACUGUAGGGGGUCUUCAUUCAGGCGGCUCUCACAAAGAACGAACUGCAGUUAAUCGAAGAACUGGCUAUUUCUCCUUUGAAAAAAGGGCUCAUACACUUGAUUGCUUGCGAGUUUUGGAAAAGCAUACGUAAUAAUAAUAGAUAUUGCUUUAAUCUUCAGACUAAUCAUAUCCGAGUUACAAAUAUGUCAUUGAUAUACAAAAUAUCAUUGUUGAGAGCAGCUGUAAAUCAAUAUGUGUGCAACGUAUCCACGACAAGCUUAGACCAGCGCUCCUUAAUUCAAUGUAUUUUCAAUUUAAGAUGUGAUCAGUUCGAAGUGAAAGUGACAAUUCAAUUCAUGGCAGUAGGCAGCUGCUCUGUAAACUUAUCCUUCUAAAUGUUGGCGCGCACAAGCGUACUGAUAGCACCAUUUAGUAGGGAUAGGGAUAGGGCAGAUCUACAUUUAGUGAAAGGUAAAAAUCAGCAAUUAACGUCUGCGAGUGAUUUCCAACAAGAACAAUAUCAGGUGAAAGCAGUUAAAGAACUUCCUCUAUAGCUGGUGAAGUAACUGCAUUCUAAGACAAAUGCGGUUAAAGUUCUUUGCAAAUUCUCCUUCUUGACCGGUAGGUCCGCAAUGAGUAGAAUAUGUUCAAAUUCUCUCCUUACUGAGCACCGUGACAUGUAGCGUUGUUAAGGUCAUCGAAUUCAAUACAAGACAUGAUACGGAAGGAUAGAUACGUCAGGAUACGUGAAGGAUAGAUCAUGAGGUACGUUGUUUUCCCCGAUAAUCGCAACUGGCAUGAUGUAGACGACAAUGUAAACAUCUGAUUCUUGCAGAGAUAAGCCCGAAUACUCAACCAACAUCAUGCAAGCUUUCCAAAGGCUGUUCGAGACUAUUAGCUGCAGUUACCUUGGUUGUGCUGUAAAUUGCGUAACCAGGUUGUAAUAGGUAAACUGACCGCUUGGGACCAGAAAUGGUGAAGAAUGCGCUUAGGUUAAAAAGGACGCACAAUGGUAAUUUUGACAACGGAAAGGUUAGGAAGCAUCCGUUCACGAAGACAUCUAUCGCAUAAGACAAAUUGACGUGGUAUCAUAUUCUAUGCGUGUAUCUUCGAACCUUGACAGUAGUUUACAACUGAGGCAGACGUAGGGUUUCGUCGGCGAUAGUUGUCAAGGUAAAGAAGAGCUUCCAUCACACUUGAAUUGCAAAAAUACGAAUCGCCAGCUAGGCAAACAGAAUUUCCACUUCCUCCGUUCGAAAACACUCAACCAUUAAAUGGAAUCGAUGAGCGACGCGGCAAAUUGAGAGACAUCAACACUAUGAAUUGUGGCGAGCGUUGGAGAGAAAAUUCUCUUAACGCCAUGUGUCCAUCUACAAGCAUUCUGACCAAAUGAUCGAUAUUGAAGGAUCCUUAAACGUUAUAUACUUUAUAAAUAGAAUCGUAACGAUCUUCUUCAUCCGUUACUUCUUAUUCGGUGGCUAUAGUCUGCUCGUGUUAAUCAUAUCAUCUGUUUUUGUAGUUUUCAUCUAUGUUGAUUGUUUCUAACAAUGAGACGCAUGAAAGCAGAACUACGAGGUUGAGAUAUAGCAAACAGGUGACAUUUGAGAUACGAACUGCUACCCUUCAACAACUUUUUUCUAUAGCUAAAACUGUAUCUGAAAAAACAAAUACUUUUGCACUUGCUAACCGUAUUAUUACUGACGGUCAUUUUUAAUCAAUGUAGUCAUCACCGAUCGCGAAUUUAGGACCUAAACAAUUAAUAAGUCAUAUUUAACCGUACGCCAAACAAUAUUGGUAGGUGGAACCCUGUAAAGGUGUCGCUCAAAUUCGCUACACACAGAACAUUUCGGUGGAAUUAAAUUUUUGGCUGAUGACAGGCCAAAAAUGCAAGGCUUCGAAUAAAUUAACCGUUGGAGCCUAUUUGGCUGAGAUAAUAAGAGAUUGAUAUUUUCCACUCCGAAAUCGCCGAUAAUCUUUGUAUGAAAGACUCAGGCCAUUAAAGAUGAUUUUUUGAGCCAUUUAAUUCAUUUUUAAGCCCUUUAAAUUUAAACUUUACUAGAAAUCCUCCAACAGGCUUCAUGAAAGUCUUCCUUGGAUUGAUCUAUAAUAUAGAGUAUCGAUUUCGGGUGAAAAGGAGAUUUUUAAUCCUAGUGGAAGUUUACUUAGCUUAAAUAAUAGCUGACCUUGGUCUAAAUCUAAAAAAAAAAGGUCCAUAAUGUUUUUUGCCUUGAUAAGUACGAUUUGUUCCAAAAAGAAGUAGCUUUCUUCCUUUACCAAGAAUAACGAGUAAACGCAUCCCUGCUUCGACGAACCGCCCGCCAAAGUUUGUCUGAAUUUAAAUGUUCUAU